AUGACUGCCAUCACUCGUAACCUCCCUUGGUUCAUCAAGGACCUCGGCAUCUCCAUCGUUGGCCAGCAUUGCUAUUCGUCUCUCGUCGAGAACCUAGACUUUGGCGAUGUUGCCUGCCUCAAGUACUCCCUAUCGAAAGGCCUGGGAGUCGGGAUUGUAAUCGGCGGCUCCAUCAUGAAAGUGCCUCAGUUGCUUCUCAUCAUAUCCGCACGUUCGGCGCGUGGAAUAUCCCUCACUGCAUACGUCCUCGAGACUCUUGCGUAUGCCAUCACCCUCGCCUACUCCUACCGCAAUGAGUUCCCCUUCUCCACUUACGGCGAGAACCUCUUCCUCACCAUCCAGAACGCCGUCAUUACCCUCCUCAUCAUCCACUAUCCCACCUCGAGACAACUCACUCGUGGCCCUUCUUCUGCCCCCCGCGUGAUCUCGGCUGCCCUUGCCAUGCUCCUAUGCGCUGCAGCCUUCGUUUUCCUCCCGAAAUUUGCCCUCACACCUCUGCAAUUCGCCACGCUCCCUCUCUCCGUAUUCUCCAAGUUCCCUCAAAUCAGACAGAACUACCGUUCCAAGAGCACGGGUCAAUUGUCUGCCUUCGCCGUCAUCGCCCAAAUAGGCGGAUGUCUUGCCCGACUUUUCACCACCGCGACCGAAGUCGGCGAUCCUCUCGUCAGCGCAGGCUUCGCGCUCGCGCUUGCUCUCAACUGCGUCCUCGGCGCACAGAUGUGGAUGUACUGGGGCCAGGAUGAGAAGGAUGACUACGGCAAGGUGUCGAUUGGACUGAGCGCGCCCGCGGAGAAGCCAAGGGAGUGGUCACCC